AUGGUAUACUCGGGCCUCCCUUCCAUCUUCCCUAUUCGCCUCCCUUCUGGACCACCGAGAGGCGGGGGCCAGCAACGGGGGUUCCUUAUUUCUUCGAGGUCCCAUUUCUCGUCUGGGGGCCCUUCUGGCUGGGAUGGGGGUUUGGAUGAUAGCGCCCUUCUGCUCUACCCCUCUGUCCCCCCAUUUCAUUCCUAUCCCGGCCGGUUCGUCUUGGGAGAUUCCUUCCCCUGUGGGGGGUCCCGUGCCCGAACCUGCUCCUUCCUUUUCAUUAUCUUGGUCCCCCUGGGGUCCCUGGCUACACUGCCCCUUAUUCUGUCCCAAAGUCGUUCACUGUUGCGAGCCGCUUCAAUGGCCGCCGCCAGAGUGCUCGGUCCUUCCUUCAGGACGUCACCCCGCAGCUCCCUAUCGCUCAACGCAUCCAUAUAUACGUCGGCUAACAGGGCUUGUAUCGGACCACUGUUUCGGAUCGCCAGCUCCGGGAAAGCCAGUGCCGCUAAGCCCGCUAUUCUUUCUUCCACAUCCUCCAUGGCUUCCUUAUCUCCCUGCCGGAGUCUGAACAACUUCCUAACUGCCUCAAUGGCCGUGCGCUCACUGGCGUACUGUCGGACCAGAGCAGACUUCAGCUCUGUCCAAGUUAGGGCUGUGAAGCUACCCACCUCUGCAACUCAGCCGGUCUUCUCCCUAUUCGUCUGUGAUAUCCGAACCUGCUACGCUCAUUCUAACGCCCGAUCACUACUAACUUCCUCCUAUUCAACAAGAGACAACAGAAAAGGAAAACUCGCCUCACACACUAUAGACACUUCAACAGCAUGCAAUGUUGAAGAAAUCGAACACAACAACUGUUCACUGGCAGACUUGCGUGCGACAUGCGAACCGAGGGCCCAAAAGGUGACAUCUUUCACUGCUCUUCGUUUCCUUGUUCUCUCUUCUUCUUCUUCUUCUUCUUUCUUUUUUUUUCUUCUUCCGAGCCUUUCCGACCGAUAG